AUGAAGGCCUUCACGCUCGUCACGCUGGCCACGGCCGUCAGCGCCCACAGCAUCUUCCAGAAGGUGUCGGUCAACGGCGCGGACCAGGGCCAGCUCAAGGGCGUUCGCGCGCCGGCUAGCAACUACCCGGUCCAGGACGUCGGCAGCUCCGCCAUGGCCUGCAACACCAACAUCGUGUACCGCGACAGCACCGUGAUCCAGAUCCCGGCCGGUGCCCGUGUCGGCGCGUGGUGGGGGCAUGAGAUUGGUGGCGCUUCAGGCCCGAACGACCAUGACAACCCGAUCGCGGCGUCGCAUCACGGCCCCAUCCAGGUCUACCUGGCCAAGGUCGACAACGCGGCCUCGGCCUCGGAGUCGGGCCAAAAGUGGUUCAAGAUUGCCGAGCGCGGCUUCAGCAACGGCGUGUGGGCCGUCGACGAGAUGAUUGCCAACGGCGGCUGGCACUACUUCGACAUGCCCUCCUGCAUCGCCCCGGGCCAAUACCUGAUGCGUGUUGAGCUGCUCGCCCUGCACAGCGCCUCGACCGCGGGUGGUGCCCAGUUCUACAUGGAGUGUGCCCAGAUCCAGGUCACCGGCUCCGGCUCCUCCUCGGGGUUCAGCACCGUCUCCUUCCCAGGCGCCUACCCCUCCAACGACCCGGGCAUCGUCGUCAGCAUCUACGGCGCCAACGGUGCCGCCGACAUGGGCGGCCGCACCUACCAGAUCCCCGGCCCGCGGCCCAUCACCUGCUCGGGCGGCGGCAACAACAACGGUGGCUCGCCGACCAGCAGCGCCGGCGGCAGCCAGCCCACCAACGGUGGUGGCAGCGUGGCCUUGUACGGGCAGUGCGGUGGUACCGGGUACUCGGGCCCGACGACCUGUGCGCAGGGCAAGUGCACGGCGCAGAGCCAGUGGUAUAGCCAGUGCUUGCCUUAA